CUCUCUAUACCGUCCUUGUUUCUCGCUGCCACUCGUUAGCCAAUCGAGGCUGUCCCUCCUUUAUCGCACCCGAAGAUUGAAGAAUGAUGACCGACGUCAUGGCUCAGAAGGGCCUUGGGCUCGCCGCUCCCUCAUCACGACAAGACGUUGUCAGCGCUCUCUUAGACGGCUAUGGAUCCUCAUUCACAUCGCCGUACAACUAUUCGCCUGUACCAGCGCUCAAAGAACUCCCGCCACCGCCUCCCGCAGAGAAGGAUGUACCAAAUAUUAAUGAUAAGCCGCUCCCUUCGGCGGGGCAUCUAAGCAUGCGGUUCCAAUUGCGAGUUGACGAGCCCGAUUCCCCUCUCUCGCCUGAUGGCUCGCCCAAAAGCCCCGUAGGAAGCCCGCCCACCAAGAUCGUCUCGCGGAGCAUGUCCCGUGGCUCAAAACCGCCUUCGCUCAAGCUGCUCACCAGCAACGGAUCAACCGCCAAGCUUCCGCCCACACCCGCACUCCCUACUAACACGCCUACUCCUAUCUCUUCUUCGCGACCCAGACGGGAAGAGAAAUCUCUCCCGCCGCCUCCACCAGAGAAGUCCGAGCGCCGCCAGCAGCAGCAACCGGCUAUGGGGAACCAAGUGUCCAAGGAAAGGCCCGCGCGGACGGACUCUGUUCAGUCUCAAGAGGCUAUGAAGAACGAAAUGGAAUCAUCGCGCCCCGUCACCUCACAAAGCUCGACAGAAGUGAAGCGCAAGCCCGUCCCAGCAGUGCAGAAGGGUUUCAGGAGUCUAGCUGACUUAGGGAGCGGACCGCGCGGUGGAAAAGGCGGCCCGCUUCCCUUGAUGGUGAAGCCCAGGAAGCAGAGCGUGGAUCGAGAGGAGACGAAGAGUGAAGAUUCGACGAGCAUGACGCAAGAACGCGCGUCGAAGGCGUCGACGAAAUCGCAGGCUGAGUCAGACACAGGCUUGGUCCAGCAAAAGCCGCUUCCGACGCUGAAUCAGAUGCCGCCAACUCCGCAGGAGGAAAGCUCGCUUCCUACACCACCGCCGAAGAAGGCGGGGCCGUUCAUGGGAAUGGGGUUGCCGUCGAACCCGAGGGCGAAGGGGCAGGAAACGCCGAAGCACGUUAGGGGGAAGAGUAGCACGGGAUUUGAUAUGAUGAAGGGACCUAAGCUUCCACAAUCCCAAGCAGCGCCCAACCCAAUAACCCCCGGCCCCACGCCCUCCCCCAGGAAGACGGAGCAGGUUCAACAGGCGCAAGCUCAAUCCCCCGUUUCGCCUGCCAGUCCCAAUGCGCGUCGCCCUUUCAGCUUCGAGGCGAUCCCGCAGCCAUCGCCAGCUCCACCACAACAGCAGCAGCGGCAGCAGGCCCAGCAGUCGCAACAACGACAACAACCUGCUCCCCCGGCGCAACCAACCUCACCCCCGUCGCCCGUAUCCCCAGUCUCCCCUCUCGACCCACCAACCGCGCCCCAACCACAGGCCUUCCCACCGCGCACCACCUCCCGCGCUCCCGCCGCCGCCCAACCAUUCCCUCCUGCCACCCAGCAGCAAUCCACGACGCCCGCCCACCCCUUCCUGCGCCGACCCUCCGACCCCACAACCCCGGACUUCACCCCGCUCACCAUCCGGCCCGUCCCGACCAUCGCGCCCCCGAUCACCCCCAAGCAUCUCAACUGCUACUCGCAGCACAGCACCUUCGUCUGGUCCAAGAACGACUUCCAGCCCAUGGCCUGCAUGGUGUGCCACCAGAACGAGCGCGAGCGCAAGUGGGCCUGCGUGUGGUGCUACCUGCGCAUCUGCGUGGGGUGCAGCGCGGAGCUGAUGCGCACGCCGGGCAGGGAUUUGAGCGUCGUCGUGCAGAAGAGGGGGAGGAAAGUGAGUGCUGAUGUCGGUGCGAGGCAUGAUAGUGGGACGGGGAGUGCUGAGGGGAAUCCGAGUGUGGUUGUUUGGGAGGUGGAGGGAGAGGCGGAUUUCUCCUAGUUGGGGAGAAGGAGAUGGAACUGGAGCUGGUGAGGAGAUGGAGAUGGAGAUGCCCUAAUUCCUUAUGUUACGUGUAAUGUUAUACCCGGCUGGCUAUAUGCAUCAUUGGGCUGGGACUGGGCUGGGGAUCUGGUUUCGUGGGCUCGGCGUUUGAUGGCGGCUGGCU